AUCUGCAACUCUGGAACCCCUCUCUCUACCUCGCCGUCUCGAGCGUACCCUUUUGGUUCUCUGCUCUCAGGUCACCGAUCUCUACCGGAUCCUUUCAAUCUUCAAGAUCUCCCUUUUCGUUCUUCCCAGGGUUUCUCAGAUCCGAUCGGUGAGGGAAACAUGUUUGGAAGGCCCAAGAAGAGCGAUAACACCAAGUACUAUGAGAUUCUCGGAGUCUCGAAGAACGCGUCGCAAGACGAUCUAAAGAAGGCUUAUAGAAAGGCCGCUAUCAAGAAUCAUCCUGAUAAGGGUGGCGACCCCGAAAAAUUCAAGGAGUUGGCCCAAGCAUAUGAAGUGCUGAGUGAUCCAGAGAAACGUGAGAUAUAUGACCAAUAUGGCGAGGAUGCCCUCAAGGAAGGAAUGGGUGGUGGCGGUGGUCACGAUCCAUUCGACAUAUUCCAGUCUUUCUUUGGUGGAAGCCCAUUUGGCGGUGGUGGAAGCAGCAGAGGCCGAAGGCAAAGAAGGGGAGAGGAUGUCAUCCAUCCCCUCAAGGUCUCGUUGGAAGAUCUUUACAAUGGAACUUCAAAGAAGCUCUCUCUUUCCCGCAAUGUAAUUUGCUCGAAGUGCAAGGGUAAGGGCUCUAAAUCUGGUGCUUCAAUGAAAUGUCCUGGCUGUCAAGGAUCUGGUAUGAAAGUCUCCAUUAGACACCUUGGCCCGUCUAUGAUCCAACAAAUGCAGCAUCCUUGCAAUGACUGCAAGGGGACUGGCGAGACCAUCAAUGAUAAAGAUCGUUGCUCACAGUGCAAGGGUGAAAAGGUUGUUCAGGAGAAGAAAGUUUUGGAAGUAAUUGUGGAGAAGGGUAUGCAAAAUGGACAAAAAAUUACAUUUCCUGGGGAAGCAGACGAAGCGCCCGACACUCUUACUGGGGAUAUCGUUUUCGUCCUACAACAAAAAGAGAACGCCAAAUUUAAGAGAAAGGGUGAUGACCUCUUUGUGGAGCAUACCUUGUCUCUCGUGGAGUCGCUUUGUGGUUUCCAAUUCAUUCUGACUCAUUUGGAUAGCCGUCAGCUACUCAUCAAAUCCCUUCCCGGUGAAGUAGUAAAGCCUGACCAAUUCAAGGCCAUAAAUGAUGAGGGCAUGCCAAUGUACCAGAGGCCAUUCAUGAAGGGCAAACUUUACAUCCAUUUCAGUGUGGACUUCCCAGACUCCUUGAACCCCGAUCAGUGCAAGGCGCUGGAGGGUGUGCUGCCCCCGAGGACUUCGGUGCAGCUGUCGGAUAUGGAGUUGGAUGAAUGCGAGGAAACCACUAUCCACGACGUGAACAUCGAAGAGGAGAUGCGCAGGAAGCAAGUACAAGAGGCAUAUGAUGAAGACGAUGACAUGCACGGCGGAGCCCAGAGAGUGCAGUGUGCUCAACAAUGAUCUUGAAUGGGGCUCCACAGCAGUGCAAUGGUUUGGACAUGAGAAUUUUCAGAGAGAAGACCCCAUAUGGAGAUCAGAUCAGCACCCACCAAGCCAAGCCAGUCGUCCAAAUUUUCUCAAAAUAAAUAGAUGAAUUUUAUUAUGUUAAUUCAGUCGGUAGGGUUACGAAGUAAGUUUUCCGGAUUAUUAUUUUUAAAAAUGUUUUUGCUGUUCUAUGUGUUUGCUGCUAGCUAAGCUUACCAAGAAUUCAAAGAUUUAUGUAUUGGAGUUGCCAGAUAAAAUAGGAUUGGGAAACAGAAAGAUCUCUGCUUCUUUUCUGCGAACCUGCCAACAUUUUUUCUUGUUUCUUCUUCUCUUGCUAAUUUUUUUUAUGCCUUAGGAGAUUGGGCAAAGCAAUGAUACUGCCAAAGUUUUUCGUUUA